AUUAAUUUAAAUAACAUUUGUGUAAUUCAACAAAAUUAUGUUUCUCUUGCAAACUUGAAAUUUAUUAUUACUGAUUUUAAAUUAUACAAAAGAAUAUUAAUAAUAUGUAAUGUUCACAGUACAAAAAAUAUUAAGUAAUUUUAUUUAUUCGAAUGUCAUAUAAUGAUUGUGAGUUAGCGGGAUCAGGUUUCUAAGGCGUUUCUUCAAGGGGAACGAGAAGAAAAAAGCCACCUUACGAAACUCGUCUCGUGAGAAUUUGGGGUACGCGCUUGUUGUGUCCGUCCUUUAUUCGCAAAAUAAUCGUUUGAGCAGCCCGCCUAGUAUAUACUUCAGUCGGUUACCACGUGCUUUCGCGUGAAGGAGUCUCUUAAUCGUGUACGUGGAUGUCGUAUGGUAUUAAUUAUUAAAUAUUUCGUAAUUAUCUUUUUUUUGUAGAUUACGUGCGUUCGUUCGUAUACGUUUAGUGCUUGGAAAGAAAUAUGUCAUUCUCUAGGAAAUACUUCAAACGGAUCCCGAUUUAUGCGGUAGAGAGCCACAAUGAGGUGCUACCAUUCAUUUAUCGGUGUUUGGGAUCGAAACACCUUCCGUUCGAAGGAAACGCGUUCGUGCAUUUAGAUUCGCAUCCUGAUAUGCUUAUACCGAAAACGAUGUUGGCGAACACUGUAUGGGAUAAAAAUCAAUUGUUUAGUGAAAUUAGCAUCGAAAAUUGGAUGUUGCCUGCUGCAUAUGCCGGUCACUUUAAGCACCUUAUCUGGGUCAAACCACCGUGGGCGAAUCAAAUGGUCGAUGGCGUGACAACCUUCUUCAUCGGCAAGCACAAGGACAACGGAUCAAUAAGGUAAGUUCUCAUCGCAUUAUUUUAUUUUUAUUACAUGUCAAACUGAACCGUGGUUGUAAAUGCACCAUGAAAAACUUCGACGCUAUAAUGGAUGUUAAUCGUUACGUUGCAUUUCUACAUUGUGCAAACACAUGAGUGCAAGCAAUAUAUGUGCAAUGAUCAUUUAAUGCAUAUUUUUAUCGAUAUCUGUACAUUAUAUCACAUGUUAGUAGAAAAUAAGCAUUUUCGGAUAUUGAAAUAUGUAACUUGUGAACGGCCUUUAAAAAUAAUGGUAUUUAUAAUUAUAAAUGAUAAAGAUAUGAAAACUUCUAAUAAAAUUAUUAACCCUCCAUAGGAAAAUUGCAUCGUUGACGAGCCAGGCAAAAUUUCAUCCUUGGAUUUCUAUUCUUUAUAAAAACUCUUUUCUUAUUUGCAAAUAUCUUUUUAACAUUUGAUAGCGAAGAUAUUGAUAAUUGUUCUAGAAUUUUUUCAGGUUUUUCGAAAACAUGGAAUAAUGAAAAAAAAGUAGGCUUAGAUAAUAAUAUAAAUUACCUAGUUUGCCUAUGGGCGGUUAAUAAAGAAAAAUGGAACUGAAAAGGAGAAAGUGAGACGUUUCGAUAAUUUGACAUGAUAUUUUUAUUUUACAACGUUUAAAAUAAGAAUAACUAUAGACCCAUGACGAAUCGUAAAUUAUAUUUUCUGAAGGCGUGUUAGUUUAAUUUUUUAAUUACAUUGUGCACGUGUCGUCUGAUGCGUUUAGGAUAACAUGCGAAGCCAUUCGUACAUUGCGCAGAGAUUAAGUUCCAGAUAAAACAGACAUUCACGAUGUGCUCAUCGUUUGGACCGAGAAUUAUUUUUCACUUCGUAAAAGCGAGCGAGGGUUAAGUGCCUGCUCUUGUGCCGAUUAACAUAUAUGAACAUGCCACUUCGUAUACAUUUAGGAUAGCUGUAGCAUAAUAUUACAUGUGUCCUCUCGUACCGAGACAAGCAUCAGAAAAUUGUCGACAGGUGAUACCAGUUUUGCUACCAAACGUUGCAUCUUAUUAUCACCGUUGCUUGAUCUCAGUUUACGUGAUAACUUGUUGUCGAAUAGUAAAACGGUAUAAUUAAUUAAAACAUUAUAAUCAACACUGUACAAGUAUGUAAAAUGAAUCUGUUACCGGUGAUGGAAAACAAUGAAUGUCAAAAAUUUCAUUUUCAUUGAGAUAUCGUACUUAUUGAACGAAUCAUGCUAGUGUUGUAUAUUAGUAUUCUUUGGUUGAGUUUUCAAGGAACUAAUUUCUUUAAAAUUUCUUUAAAAUUUCUUUAAAAUACAGAAACUGUUUCUAUACAAAGCUAGGUUAGGUUAGUAAUAGUCAGUAGUUAGUGUUAAAAUGCUGUGAAUGAGAACGAUAAAAUCUAAGAUGUAUAUUAAACGAUUUCGUAUUACAUUUAAAUUAUAUAUAUUGUCGUUUUAGAGAAAGUUGUUUUAACAUUUUUCAUGCUCGAUUAAUUAUCGUAGAUAUUCAUUACGGCAAUAUUGUUGCAAUAUCGGGCAAGUAUUAGAUUUGAUUAUUUUUAUGACAGAAGUUACAUAAUUAUUAGCUGAAACAUGUUCAAUGAAACAAGGGUGUGACGCAGCGACGAAAGACAUAACAGAACGGUAAUGCACAUAAAAUACUAUAAGGUUUGAGAAUGAUUCAUGAAGUAUGUGUAUAGUGGUUUUAUUGUUCUGUCGUGGUUCUUUGUGCGCGCGUUAUUCAACGAUAUGAAUGAUUGCUUCUCUGUUAUGAACAUGAGGUCUAAUGCAGAUAUUUAAACUCGUAUGUUACAUCUAUAAAGACGUAACAUCGUAUUUUAUAACUUGAUCACGCUGUAAUUAUAUUCUGACCAUAACGCGAUACGUUCAAUUAGCUGGGUAAUUUCGUUUUAAAUUACUACGACUAACACGACCAUCUAAAUCAAUGGUAACGGGCUUGUCAGCUCCUACGUAAUAUAUCUUGAUUUAAAUCCUGAUCACUGACCUUUUAUGAAUAUGACGCUCAAAAGUGUAUUGUACAUAGUAUUACUCAUCAACUUUGAUAAGCAUUUAAUAAAUUUCGAAAUAUUUGACAUAUAUUUGGUAAAUUAGUCGGUAUUUUCAACCCCGUCUUUUUUAAUUUCUCCUUUUUAAUUACUGUCUAUUUGUUUUUAAUUUUAAUCUCAUUGUAUGCAAAUGGUCGAAUAUAAUUUUGUUGUAUUACUUACAUUGAUCGAUACAUUUCUCCGGAAGAGAAAUCGAAAUAUUACUUUCACAGAUUCACAUAAACAAAAAUAUAUUUCCAUUCGCUUCCUAGAUACAUUAAACUUGUUAUAAAUGUUAUAAAAGGCCGUGUUUUUUUUUUUAUAUCCUGCACACGAUAUCCUGAUGUAAUGAAAUUUUCAAGCAAUGAUCCCGCAAAAUCUGAUAUAUCGAUUCUUUAUCCAUACACCUGUGAUCUCGUCGCGAAAAUAAGUAUCGACUUGAAUCGAUUCUGACGAACACCGCGAAAGUCUUGAAUAUCGGUUUACAUGGUUCGCGGAAGGUGGCAGACACGCGUCGCGAUGAAAAGUCGUCACAGUCGGUUAAUCCACGAUGGAAGGGGUAAAACUUGGUUGACAAGACACGAGGGUGAGCGCGGGGCUGACCGAGGAGUGGUAAAAGGAAAAAGGCAGGUAAAGUAGCAAAGGGAAGCCGACACGGUGCGCCGUGGCGAUAUCUGCCAAGAAACUGGUGGCCGUGAUGUAGCGCUCCGCUGGGACUUGAGUUAUGUUUCUCGAAUUACCGUGGAUAUAUGUCCGUGUACCGUGAGUGAAGCACGCGAAUUAUGCCGUUGUCAAGACUUCUCCAUGUUCUCCGUGUGCUUCCAUUCAUUCCUUAUCCGAUGAAUAUUUUGAUUACGUCGAUUCCGUUGCCCCCUGUGACUAUCUGGAAUUCUAGCUGGCU